UUAUUUGCCAGGAAGAAUGUCAGCUUCCAACAUUAGCGAUGACGGUCUCCCAGUCACUCUCUUCCUGACAGGGAUCCCAGGGCUGGAAUGGGCCCACAUCUGGAUUGCCAUCCCCUUUUGUACCAUGUAUGUGGUAGCACUGGCUGGGAAUGCUGCCCUCAUCCUGGUCAUUGCCAUGGACAAUGCACUUCAUGCACCCAUGUACCUCUUCCUUUGCCUGCUCUCACUCACUGACCUGGCUCUCAGCUCCACCACUGUGCCCAAAAUGCUGGCCAUUUUGUGGCUCCGUGCUGGUGAGAUUUCCUUCAGUGGAUGCCUGGCCCAGAUGUUUUGUGUCCAUUCCAUCUAUGCUUUGGAGUCCUCGGUUCUUCUUGCCAUGGCCUUUGACCGAUACGUGGCUAUCUGUAAGCCACUGAGAUACACAGUCAUCCUCAACCAUACCAUCAUAGGCAGAAUUGGCCUUGUUGGGAUAUUCCGUAGUAUGGCCAUUGUCUCCCCCUUCAUCUUCUUGUUGAGGCGACUGCCCUACUGUCAGCACCACGUCAUGGCACACACAUACUGUGAGCAUAUGGGCAUUGCUCGACUGGCCUGUGCCAACAUCACUGUCAAUAUUGUCUAUGGGCUAACUGUGGCCCUGUUGGCCAUGGGUCUGGACUCUAUUCUCAUUGCUAUCUCCUAUGGCUUUAUCCUCCAUGCUGUCUUUCGUCUUCCAUCUCGCGAUGCCCAACACAAAGCUCUGAGUACCUGUGGCUCCCACCUUGCGGUCAUCCUGGUCUUCUACAUUCCUGCCUUCUUCUCUUUCCUCACCCACCGUUUUGGCCAACACCAAGUCCCCAAGCAUGUGCACAUCUUUCUGGCUAAUCUCUAUGUGCUGGUGCCUCCUGUGCUCAACCCAAUCAUCUACGGGGCUAGGACCAAGGAGAUUCGGGCUCGACUUCUAAGACUGCUUCAUUUGAGAAAGAUUUCAAUAUGAAUGCUGAACAGAAUUAUGAGAAUAAAUGUAUAUGGUAGCUGUCUAGAUACAUGU